AUGAAACAAGAUCUGUACAAGGAAUCUUCUCCACCGCCUUCCACGACCAAAUCAAAAGGCCUGUAUGUGAUUGUGGCCGCUCUCGUCACUACAGCCAUCUACCUGUUGUACUCCCAGGGUUACUCAAACACACAUGGGGAGAAAGAUAUGCCUAGUGUCGUGCCCAAUCUGGUACUCCCCGCUAACCCCUCAAGUGACCACUCAUUUGCGGUAAAACACAUCUAUCACCACAACACCGAGGCCGACGCCAACCACGGACGCAUGGACGUGUCUGGAGAGUGGGUUCGGGCCGCCCAGAAGGCUCAGCAUCUCAACCUGGGCCAGGACACCCACCGCUACAUGGCCUCAAACGCCAGAGACCCCUACACCAAUCUGCCGCUCAAGUCGCGGACCCAGAAGGUGAAGCGAUGGCGGCAGCGCGACCCAGAUCACGUGGAAUCUUACCUCGAAGCUGCGCGUCUCAACCCUCAGCUUUACGGCGCCAUGGACUUUGACUGGGUAGAGGAGGACAUUCUGGUGCCGGAUGUCACCGACAGAGAUACAGUCGUGUCGCUGGCCGUCAUGGCGUCCAACGCGUACGUUGACGUGCCAUUUACAGGUGACUGGACCAACGUGAGUUGGAAAGAAACUGGAGGCAUUGGCUGGCAGAGUGAUGGAGUGAGAGGUCACAUUUUCGUGGACCAGACGCCCGGCUCGCCUCUUGUUGUUAUUGCUCUUAAGGGCACAUCGGCGGCCAUUUUCGACUCUGGAGGAGACACCGUCAUCAACGACAAGACGAACGACAACCUGUUGUUCUCGUGUUGUUGUGCGCGUGUCUCGUACUUGUGGAACACAGUGUGUGACUGCUACACCGGCGAGUCGUACACGUGUGACCAAGAGUGUCUAGAGAAGGAGCUUUAUGCCGAGGACCGGUACUAUCGAGCCGUUCUCGACAUUUACCGCAAUGUAACUCAUCUGUACCCUCAGAAACAAAUCUGGGUCACCGGACAUUCCCUGGGAGGCGCUCUGAGUGCAAUGUUGGGUCGUACCUAUGGUAUUCCUGCCGUUGGUUACGAGGCACCCGGAGAGCUGCUUCCCACCAAGCGACUGCAUUUGCCCAGUCCUCCUGGUAUUCCCUGGUCCCAGGAACACAUCUGGCACUUUGGACACACGGCUGACCCCAUCUUUAUGGGCGUGUGUAACGGAGCAUCGUCAUCCUGUUCCAUUGGAGGCUACGCCAUGGAGACGUCUUGCCACUCGGGUCUCCAAUGCAUGUACGACGUGGUGACCGAUAAAGGAUGGCAUCUGAGCAUGGUCAACCACAGGAUUCAUACGGUGAUUGACGAGGUGCUGCUAGCGUACAACGAAACAGCUGCAUGCGUUCCUCCUCCCCCUUGUCAAGACUGUUUCAACUGGAACUUCGUGAUGGGUAAUGACAAGGACGACGACGAUAAGGAUAAGAAGAAGAAGAAGAAGACGAGCACGAGUAGUAGUGUGGUGUCCAAGACUAAGACAUCGACCUCUUCUACCGUUGCUACUAACACGAUGCCUUCGCUUCCUGAUCCUACUUGUGUGGAGAGAAACUGGUAUGGCAAGUGUAUCCGGUAUGAUCCGGAGAUUAAGCAGCAGUAUGGUGAUAGCCAUACCGUGACCCAUGUUACUAUGGCUUAG